AAGCUUCCUUGUUAGUACACAGGGAAAUGCUGCUGCAAGCCGCGAUCAUUUAUUUCACCCGUCACGGAAAUUUCAAAGCCGUCUUUGGAAACUAGUCCGCUGCAUAACAAUGUCGUUGGCAAGAGACGGCUGAUACACUUUUGGGCGGAACAUGUUUUUCGAGGCUAGUCUGCCGGUAACAUUCUUUUUUGGUAAGUGUUGGGUCAAUUUGUUACAAGAGAGAAACAAAAAAACAAUGUUGCCAUUAGUCUCCCAGACCCGAGAUUAAUUUUUUAUCUAAUUGAAUGCAACUGCAAUUAACGACCAUUUCACAUUUGCCAAAUUGUGUAAGUUAAUAUUUGUUGUGGCUAGUUGGUUUGGCUGGCAAGCUCCUAGUAUAGCCUCACAAUACUCGCCGUGGGUCCCAAACUCGGCAGAAGAAAUGGGCUCCGUGUCAUACCUGGAAGGUUUCGCAGAACCGUACGGAAACCAAUCGUUUUUCACCUUCUUUUCCACCUUUGGAGUCUACAAUCAGCGUGCCGAGGCAUCGGCAGAAACCACUAUCCUGGUGCUCAUCUUCAUUACGAGCCUUGUGGGCAACGUCACAGUGCUCCUGAUCGUGUUCACGACCUCCUACAUGAGGUCCACCACGUGUCUGCUCGUGACCAACUUGGCCGUUCUGGACAUCGUGUUCACGCUGAACAUACCCGCCAUCGUCAUCACCAGGUGGACGGGCUCGUGGAUACUCGGCAAGGGCCUCUGCAAGAUCACUCUCUUCAACAUGUCUCUGUGUGGCUUCUGCUCCGUCUUGACAAUGGCGCUCAUCAGCUUCGACAGAGCUCGUCACAUCCUGCCCCCGCACGUGAGAGCCAUCCGCACUCGAGGUCAGCUGUUCGUCUCCAUCUGCGUUGCCUGGGUGCUGUCGUGUGUGGGCGCAUUGCCUCUCAGCAUCUAUUUCCAAGUGAAGACCUUCACCUUCUCUGGCGAGGAAGUGCACAUUUGUACCAUCCUGUGGCCAACAAGGGGCACAUCGUGGUCGUGGCUGGUGGUGAUUUUCUUGAGCAUGCUGGUUGUGCCUUCCACAGUCCUCACGUUGAAUUACAAAAGGAUUUACAAGGUGGCAAGGGACAGCAGAAUCCGUGUUCGCCAGAACGCGGAGCCUGCUCGGCUUAACGGUGGCAUCAGAAUUUCCUUUAAAGAAUUCCGCCUCAUCAAGAUGCUGAUAAUUCUGGUGAUCUCACUGUACAUCAUGUGGGUCCCGAUCUACAUCAUGCUGUGGCUCAUCGAAGCAGACCGAGAACUCGUGAACGUUUACAACUGGAAGCCCUUUCUGUCCUCCAGAGCGUUCCUCUGGGUGUGCACCGUCACGCUCACCAACUCGGCCAUAAACCCGGUCUUGUACGGGGUCCUCAACACGCAGUUCCGACGUGGCUUCAAGAGGUACUUCUGCUGCCUCCUCCGAGCGAACGCAGACUCCGCCACGGACGAAACGACGACCAACGAUCAGAACGUCCAGAACGUCGAGCAGCUACACGGUCGAGAGGCAGCAGGCCGCCGUCAACGGCGCGGUGAGGGCCGGGGGCCCCGUGCCAGACUUUGGGGGGCACGAGGAGGUGUGGCCGGCGGGCACCACAAUCGCGAGGUCAAGUGGAGGCCACCGAGGUAACGGAGCACUGCCGUCCUCUCAUUGCGGGCCGAUCAGUCGCCGUUUCUGAGGUCGGGUCCACACCUGCGCAACCCGAAUCGAAUAUGCGUGGACCUCUCUCGACGACCAGUUUUGCCCGGUGGUGGGCAGACGAUGCUUUCAAAAGAUAUAUCCGCUCAGCAAUUUGUAGUCGCGUAAUUCCAUCACGCGCACAUUCAAAAACUAAGAUUGGUCGUUGCAAUCUCGAAAAGGCUGUUAAUUUCCUCGUUGCGCGACCACUCGCUCAGAUGUGGACAAAGCAGUUGCAGGCAAUUGGUUGCGCAAUGUCAAGCGAUUUUGUAGCGCAGUCGAUCGCCCGUGCGGAUCCCGCUUCGGACAACUCAAUGUAAAAUAAGUAACUUGCACUGGACUAUAUCUGGGAUCAUUAUUAAAGUAAUCGAUUACCGAUAAUCGGUACUCGACUAAUCAGACGAAUGUUCUCCCAUAGCGCUUAACAGACUGUUGGGGCAAGUGCUGUUGGCGAGCUAUUCGAGGCUGAAACAGUGCACGGUGGUGUGAACAGCACCAUUUCCGACCACCUUGACCCCCCCAUUGCCGAUGUUAUAACGUGCGUCUCUGUGAGAUGUGAUGACGGAAGUGAUGCAGUUUGUUUAGAUGUAAAAUAUUAAUGUUUAAAGGAUAAUUAAAUGGUUAACAGCAAAUACCAUUGAUUCAGGGGUUACAAUUGAUGUUAUCUGUUGACAAAUGACAUGUGCUCCCUUCAACCUGCAAUUAUUGUACCAGUAUAUAGAGUCAAACAACCCCGAUGAUCAACAUGACUGGCAAUACAUGUACAUGCCAUGUAUUAUUGCAUUUAUGUUGAAUGUAAGCAGAUUUAAUUUUUUGUUAAAAAUACACAAGCCUCUUUAGUAUUUUCAUUAAAGAUCUGCUUUUUUUUAGACCUGAUGACUGCAUUCUGUUUACAUUUGUAUGGCAUAUGAAUGACUACACUAUCACAACUGCCUGCAACAUUAUUGGCAACACCAAGACAAAUUUCCAGCGAGUUUGCAAAGAAUUAUAAAA